AUGUUAUAUAAACUACUUAAAGGGCACAGCCCAUUCCGGCAGCACAACAAAGGCAAAAAACAUUCUCAAGACAAAAAUGAGAUUGAUAAAAUAACGUUAACACAAGACAUUGAAUUGCCUGAUCAAGGCUUUUCUCCCGAAUGCAGAAAUCUUUUGGAAGGAUUGUUAAAGAGAGAUGUACAAGAAAGGCUUGGUUGUAAGGGGAAAGGAGCGGAAGAGAUAAAAACACAUCCUUUCUUUCGUGGAGUUGACUGGCAAGUUGUUUACCUACGGAGAAUGGCUCCUCCCCUAAUUCCGCCUAGAGGUGAAGUUAACGCUGCCGAUGCUUUUGACAUUGGAAACUUUGAUGAUGACGAGGUUAAAGGCGUCAAGUUGGCAGAUGCAGAUAGCGAACUUUACAAAAACUUUAACAUCAUAAUAUCAGAACGGUGGCAGAAUGAAAUUGCAGAAACUGUUUUUGAUGUUGUAAACCAAGAUGCGGAUAAGAGUGAACAAAAGAAAAGGGCAAAGCUUAAAACAAGGAUAGCAGUUGACGAAAAAGGUGAGACUGAUUUGUACAUUCAUGGCUAUAUCAAAAAACUUGGUGGCCCUUUUACCUCUGCCUGGCAGAUAAAAUAUGGGAAGCUUUACCCCAGCCGUUUGGAGCUUUAUCCAGAGUCUUUAAGUGGAAAACCUGAGUUACUUUUUAUGGAUCAAAUUGACGAAGUGACUUCUGAUCUUCAACAAGUAAAGGGAGAAUCAGCUAUUGUAGUUAAAUUAAAAGAAGGAUUGAAAGAGAACCGAGUUAUUCUAACCAAUCAAGAUGAAAUUUCUCUCAAAGAAUGGCACACUUCCCUUAGAACUGCUCAUCGGGUCUCUCAAGAAUUGCUUCAAAGAAUGGGGAGGAAAGCUAUUAAAAUUUACGGGGUUAAUCAUGACCCAAUGCUUCAGGAAAGUGAAAGGCCCGGAUCCGUUACGAGGGCAAUUCUCAAUAGGGCGUCUUCAACUGAUUCUGGAAUUUAA